AUGCCAUUUGGGCUUUGCAACGCCCCCGAGACAUUCCAAAGAUGCAUGAUGAGCAUUUUCGGAGACAUUCUUGAGGAGGAGAUGGAGGUAUUCAUGGAUGAUUUUUCGGUGGGUGGGGCCACCUAUGAUGAGUGCCUCCUCAACCUUGAAAAGUGCCUUGAGAGAUGUGAAAAGGUUCAUUUGGUGCUUAAUUGGGAGAAGUGUCACUUUAUGGUGCAUGAGGGGAUUGUCCUUGGGCAUAAGGUAUCACACCUUGGUAUUGAAGUGGAUAGGGCGAAAAUUGAGGUAAUUGAAAAUCUCCCUCCUCCGGUCAAUGUUAAGGGCAUCCGCUCCUUCCUUGGGCAUGCGGGCAUUUAUAGGAGGUUCAUCAAGGACUUUUCGUUGAUUGCAAGGCCCCUUACUAAUCUCCUUCAAAAGGAGUUUGAUUUUCAAUUUGAUGUCGCGUACCUUAAUGCCUUCAACAAGCUCAAGCUCGCUUUGGUUUCCACUCCUAUCGUGCAAGCUCCCGAUUGGGUUCUCCUCCUCCAAGAAUUCGACAUUGAGAUUCGUGACAAGAAGGGAGCCAAAAAUGUGGUUGCUGAUCAUCUUUAUAGGCUUGAGCUUGGCAAUGGGGAUAUGGAAGAUUUGCCAAUUGAGGACGCCUUGCGCGAUGAUGCUUUGUACAUGGUUGAAAGCUCCUCUCUACCUUGGUUCGCUGACCUUGUGAACUACCUCGGUUGUGGGGCAAUCUUGGAGGAUUUCUCCACUCAACAACGGAGGAAAUUGAAGUAUGAAGCUAGGCGAUAUGUGUGGGAUGAGCCUAUUUUAUUGAGAAGAGGCCUGGAUGGGAGGCAAGAGAUGCCCCAAUCUUCCAUUAUCGAGCUAGAGGUGUUUGAUGUUUGGGGCAUUGGCUUCAUGGGCCCUCUUCCUUCUUCAUAUGGAAAUUUGUACAUCCUUUUGGCCGUUGACUACGUUUCUAAAUGGGCGAAAGCAAUCGCCUCACCCACCAAUGAUCAUAAGGCCCUUUUGAAGAAGUAUGGUGUGCAUCACAAGGUCGGGUUGGCGUAUCACCCCCAAACUAGUGGUCAAGUUGAAGUCACCAACCGCGAGAUUAUGUCGAUCCUAGAGAAGACGGUUGUUAAGAGCCGGAAGGAUUGGGCCAUCAAGCUUGAUGAUGCCUUAUGGGCUUAUAGGACGGCUUUCAAAACCCCGAUUGGGAUGACCCUGUACAAGCUUGUGUAUGGCAAGAAUUCCCAUUUGCGGUCGAGCUAG